AUGCCUAGGAAAUUUAUAGGAGAGCGGAUUGAUCCCCUGGUGGAUGCAGUACGACCAGCGUCGCUGACCCUCACCGCAGAAGAUAUUGACCGAUUACCUGUCUUCCAAGACAAUUAUGAGGACACGGGUCUAAAGGGUAACAAAGAGGGGAAAAGGCUGUCGCGGAAAUUUGGCGGGACGCUUCGGUUGAAGCAGAGAUUGGAGUCUGUCCCAGAAAUAUUCCUCCACGAUUUUAAGAGGAGAAGCCAGGAGCAGCGGCAUUCGGUGCUCUCGACAAUAGAUGAAAAGACACGAGAUCCGAGUCGGCCGAUGCACGCAGCAAAAUCUAACGGUGUAGCGGCCCAUCCUCACAACAAGAUACAGAGCAAGAGAGUGCUACAGAGAAGGCUGCCACCGAAGCAGCAAUUACGUUCUGUAUCGUCACAGCCAACGUCUCAGGUAUUUGGUGGGUCCAAUGUUCGAGUACUACAGGGAUCGAAUAAACCGAAGAUAACAGUAACCGCGGUUCAGGAUACUGAGGAAAAUGAGGCAAAGUUCAUGACUAAUGUUGGGAAAUGUGACAGUGAAAUUCUGCUAGAUGAAAUCAUAUCCUACUAUGGGGAACCCUCACAAACCAAGGGGAACUCGUCCUCGGUCCUGAACGCAGAACUGGAAAGAGUACUAGACCAUGUCACAAAGAUGGAAAACAGGAGGGCAAUGGAAAAUGAUAGUGAGGCAAAACAAUCCUCCAACGACAAACUGCUGGCACCGGGGAACAGUCCUAAUAGUCAAAGGUACUCGUGGAGUUCAUCUGGUGAUGACUUCUCAGAUGUUGCUAGCAAAUUCUCGGCCACAUCAUCAGUGUAUUCAGAAAGGGAGGAGACUGGCGAGGGGAAAAAUACACUGUACCCCAUUAGUUCCUGUUCUGUCAACGAUUUAGAGAUCAAGGACCUGAUACCAGAAAAGAACCCCAGAACUGAGCAUUCGGUAGAAUUGGUCAAGCUGAGAAAAAUCGUAGUUAAGGCACCAAUUGCACAUAUGAACUAUCCAGAGAGCGAUAUCGAAGAAGUUGCUGAAGAAGACGAAUUUAACGACUCGUUGGCAAGAGCAACCCCAGUUUCAAUGUACAAAUUGCCCACUGCAAUCACAGAUUCCACGGAAACAAUCCGUGUCUUGCAGCAAAAGAUCGACAAUAUCACACUUUCCGAGGGGUCCACCUUAAGCAGCAUGUUCACCACCCUGUGA